AGGGGUUUUUUUUCCGGUCCCUUGGAGCACAUCUCCCUUAAAUCUCCCUUAAUUUAGCUAAGGGGCCGGAUUUUUCCGGCCCCUUGGAGAUGCUCUAACAAUGAAGAUCUGAGGCCCUAAUGAGCAAACAUUGGGAUUUGAGGGACUAAUUGACAAUUAAAGAUUUAAUAAGAGACUAAGACGCGAUUAACCCAGCGUCUGAAACCCUAUCCAUACCCAAGCCCUCGGUGAUCGAACCCCUAUCCAUUUCAUCUUCCUCGAACGAUGGAAACCCUAACCCUACUUCAUCUUCUCUCCCUCUUCCUUCCUCAUCGCUGGCCGAUGCUCUUCAGAUUCGAUGGAAGAGACGAGCAACAACAGCACCUUAACUCUAGAUUCUUCCGUCGUCGUCGAAGAUAACGAGUCAAGGGCUCCCGAUCACCGGUUCUCCUACCAGACCCUCGUUCUCUUUGCUGCAGAUUUGGUAAUCAGAGUCCUUUUCUUCCAGAUCAGUCUUCUGAUAUGUCCUUUCACAUACAUCAUUUGGUUGUUUCGUUGUUCUUCGUUUCUGAUACUAAAUCCCUUUGGAACUUUGAGACACGUAAGAGAUGGUGUGAUGGAGAAGCUCCUCUGGAUUUCAAAUAGUUUAAUGGAGAGAAUCAGUUCAAAACUUUAUGAGAAGCUUAAAAGGCAGCACAAAUUGGUGAAAAGGAUGAGUCGGGGAAUAUUCUGGUCUUUUUAUGUUUUCUUGGUUCUAUUGUCUCUAUUGGUGAUGGCUUUUGUAGCUGGAAGCUUGAUUAUGCAUGGGGUUGUUGAGGUGCCUGUUAUGAUUGAGAAAGAUUUCAGCUUUGACUACACAAAAUCUAGUCCUGAUGCUUUGGUCAAACUAGGAAAAUGGGAUACUGUCCCUUUUGGUUUGGAUGCUGGAGGAAAGCUUUAUGUAUCUCCAAAUCACAUGCUGAAACUCAAAGUCUCAUUGACGUUGCCUGAGUCUGAUUAUAACUGGAAGCUUGGAAUAUUCCAGGUUAAAGCAGAAUUUUUAUCUAGAGAAGGCCAACUCAUCAUCAAUUUAAGUCAUCCAUGCAUGCUUCGCUUCAAAAGCUCACUCAUCCGUUAUUUGGAAACCAUCAUUAGAAGUGGCUCUCUUUUGACAGGCUGUUCUUUGGAGUCCCAGACUCUUUGUUUAGAAAUGAUAGGCUUUAUUGAAGGAGCUGAGCCAACUGCAUCUGUACGUAUAAUUCUUGAACAGAGGGCAGAAUACAUGGGAGGAGCUGGAAUUCCCGAAAUCUAUUCUGCAUCGAUGAGACUUGAAUCUGAGCUCCCUUUCUUUAGAAGAGUUAUCUGGAACUGGAGGUGGACAAUAUUUAUGUGGGUCAGUAUGGGAUUCUUCAUGCUCGAGUUGCUGAUUAUUCUGGUUUGCUAUUGGCCUAUUCUAGUUUUGAGGGCAAGUUCAAAGAAUAUAUUUUGCAAGGUGUAUGUUUCCAAGAGAACCUAGCUAGUUGUCUCGAGGUAUGCAAAUCAAUAGCAGCCUGAAUGCUAGUCGGAGUUUGUGUCAUCUCGGUACAAAAGUUUGCUUUAUUCUAAUCAGGUGAGAAGCUGAUCAGAAAGAUAAACAUGUAAUUAUUAAACAUUUCAAUAUACAUAAGAUGUACCAUUCAAUGAAACAUGACAUGCUGUUGGAUGGUACUAUUACGUGUUUAUGUAUUUGAAUGAGGAUCCUGAAUUAAUUCACAUAACCCGCCUAUGUUUUGGCGCAUUUUGAGAUAACCCUGUAAACUUAUAAACUGGGGCUUUAACCCCCAUGCCUUGUGGCAUGUAUUAAGAACUCCCAAAUGUCUUCAACUGUUCCAA